AAACCGCCAACCUGUGAUUUCCGCCGCGGUCGGAGCCCUCGUUGAAGAAGAAACAACAAUGUAGUGUUUGCCUUGAACUUCAAACGUGCGCAAGGCAUCAGCUUGAGACUAUGCUGGCAUGCGAGCCGGAGGCAGCGCUUACACGGACAAUACACGAAUACCUGCGCAGUCGCCACUUCCCUCGAGCAGCUGCUUCUCUCGCAGAUGAAGCUCGUCUUGUGGACUCUGAGGAGUCAGACGCGAGUUUGCUUUUGGGCUUUUUACUUGAAUGGUGGAAGUCCUUCUGGGUCGAGUUCGGUGAGCGCGGCACCAGGUUCAGCAAUGUAAGGAGCCGCAGCGUUGGAAACCCAACGACGGCUGCAGGCGCGGGGUUUCUCAUGCCAGGGCCGGGCGAGGCUCCAGCCCAGCUACGGCAACCCUGUAACGGCACGUAUGGGUCAGGUCGAGAUGCUGCGGGCUGUGCGGGAGGGCCGGCGAGUGGGGUGAACUUGGCGAACGGACCAGCCUUUGCGGCGGAUGCCAGCCGGGCAUAUCCUCAUGCCAACGGCGGCCUGCACUCACAGCCGCACCAGCACCAGCAGCAACCGUACGGCAGCCCCCCGCCGCCUCACCACCGACACGGCGGCACCGGCAGUAGCGGGCAGCCGCCGCUGCCGCCAACAGCAGCGAUUGGCGGCGGUUGCGUUGACCCGCUUCUGGCUGGUGUAGCUGGGGGUACGGCAGUCGCGUGUACGACAGGCAGGCAGCACCGCAGCAGCAGCGGGCCCUUCAGCGAGUCGGGUGGCGCGAGUGCGGGCAGCGGAGGCGGUGGAGAUGCGGGCGGCGGAGGCAGAGGUGGAAGCGGAAGCGGCGGGGCCUUCCGACUGCCUGCAUUUCCGCCGGAGCAGCACACUACUGUGAGCGGCGGGGUCAACGGCUACCACCGCGCGUCGGCACCGCCGCAGCAGCAGCAUUUGCCGUCGCAGGAGCUCCAAGAGGACAGAGCGCGACAGUGGGAACUGCAGUGGCAGCAGCGGCAGCGGCUGCGGCAGCAGCAACAGCAACAGCAGCAGUGCGGGUACCGCCGCAUUGCCGAUGAAGGUGGCGGCCCCGACGGGGUCGGCGAGGGAGGUGAAGGGGGCGGCGUGUGGCAGCAGGGGGCCGCGGCGGGCGCUGCUGGCAAUGAGACUGCGGCUGAGGAUGCGCAGCAUCAGCGCCUGGCGUGUGUCCAGCAGCAACAGCUGCGCCCGCAGCCACCACCCCAUUCUCUAUUAGAGCAGCCGCAGCCGCAGCACCCGCACCAGGCGCUCGACUGCAACAGCCGGCACUGGCUGCAGCAGGGGCAGCAGCACGCAGCUGCCGCCGAUGGCUAUGCUGCUGACACGGCGGGCCCGCGACAUGAGCACCAGCAGCUGCGGCAGCCGCAGACGCGGCAGCAAGAGCAGCAGCUGCCCGGCUCCGGCGGCGUGCUCUCCCCACGUCGGUCUGCAGCGCUGCCCGCUGCGGAGCAUGCCUCAAGUCAUUUCGCUGCUGGUGGCGGCUGUAGCAGCUACAGCCGCGGCAGUGGUGACGGGGGCCCCGCGGGUGAACGCGGUGGCUUUGGCGGCUUUGGCGGCUUUGGCGGCGGCGGUGGCGGUCGUGGCGGCGGUGGCGGUGGUGGUGGUAGGGACCCGGGGCAGACCACAAUACCCGCGAUGGCCCGAGUGUCCAGCGGCGUUCUCAGCACCGCCGGCGGAGGCCCGGAGGGUGAAUCUGGCGUGCCCACCGCCGGUGCCCGCUCUGCAUCCGCCGCGCUGCGGCAGUGGCCGGAGCAGCAGCACCAACAGCAGCAGCGCCAGUCGUUUUCGGUGGAGCAGGGCGGCAACUGGGGCCAGCCGCAGCACCAGCAGCGCCAGCAGCAGCUGCCACAACAGUCCCCACAGUUGCAGCCGCACCACCAGCAGCGGCAGCAGCACGCAGCCCCGCCCCACCACCCGCCUCAGCUGCAGCAGCCGGGUGGCGAGGGCGCACGCAGCAGCUACCCGGCACCCCACCAGCAGGCCCAGCAGCCGCAGCACCAGCAGCCGCAGCACCAGCACCAGCAGCAGCGCCCGCAGCAGCAGCCGCAGCAGGCGCCGCACGGCUUGGCAGCCACGCGUGUCCGGCUGAGUGACGAUGGCGGCAUGCUUGCAGAAAUUGAAGCUCAUUAUUCCUACCAUCACACACAGCACCAGCAGCAACAGCUGCAGCCUCACGAAUACCAAGGCCACCAAGAUCGCCAUCAUAACAACCACAACCACAACAACAACUACAAGCACAACCAGCACGGCGGCCAGGAGCAGCAUCAGUGGCGGCAUAUGCACGCCGACGCCCCGCCGCCGCCACGUGUGUCGGGAGGCGGCGGCGCGCCUCUGCUGUCCGUGCACCCCGGCGCCGGCGCCGCGGCUGCAGUCGCGGUUGCAGGUGCGGGCGGGGUUGAUGUGACAGCCGCCGCCGGCGACGCUGGCUGUGGACUCGGUCACGGAGCCCUUCACGACAGCAGCACUGGCAGCGGCGUCCCUGGCUACGGCGGAGGCGGAGGCGGUGGAGGCGGUGGAGGAGGUGUGCCCUUGGGUGCCCGGUGGUCGGGGUCCCCGCCUCAGAUGCCAAUGGAUGCCGGAGACGCUGGCAGCGGCGGCCCCAGCGGGCACCUGCUGCAGCCUGGCAUCCUGCCUGGAUCGGCAGUAGCAGCAGCAGGUCCUCACGGCGAGUCGGCGGAGGCGGAGGCAGAGCCAGGCCGCGGCGGCGGCCGCCGCGGCGGCCGUGGCGGGCGCGGUGCUCGUGGCGGCGGCGGCGGCGGAGGCCGGGGGCGUGGCGGCGGUCGGGCAGGCACCGCCGCCGCCGCCGCCGCCGCUGUCUUUGGUGAUCUCGCUGAUCACGCCGCCGCUGACCGCACAAUUGUUGGCCGCGGCAGCCGCGGCGGCCGUGGCGGGCGCGUUGGUGCGGGUUCCAGCCAUCGCGGUGGCCGCGGCGGGUGCGGCGGCCGAGGUCGCAGCCCCGUGUCACAGACCGCUGACGAUGCGCUAGCAGCGGUGGCAGCGGUGGCUGGCCCUGACAACGGUGGCGGUGCAGCAGGAGGAAGCCUGAUGGCGCCUCCGGAGGCGGCGGCGAUGGCUGCGGCGGCCGCGUCGCGCAUUAAGGCCGCCGAGCCCAGGGCGCGCGUGGGACAGCCGGCGAGCGGCGGAGACCUCCUAACGUUAAUGCGCUGCAGCCAGAAGCAAAUACGAGUCCGCCGCCAGUCCAAGAGCUGUCCGGUGGAGAAGCCGGAGGGCGCGCAGUUACUGACCACCACCGCAACCGCCACAGCCGCCGGCCAUUACGAUGGCAAUGCCAGUGCCGAUUACGGCAUUGUUGGAGCCAUGGCUGGUGUCGGCCGCAGCAGUGAUGCGGAGGAGUGGGCAAGUGGCGGCGGGCGCCGGGCGGAGGGCGGCACGCCAGGCGCGGAGCGGCUCAUCUCGCCCUCCGCCCUCGGCACCCUGCAAGCGCCACGUUCCGCCCACGCGGGCCCUGGCGCUGAGGGGCCGCCGGCCGUGCUGCCCCACGCGCACUUCCAGCAGCCGCACCAGCAGCCGUUGCCACAACAGCAGCAACAGCCAUGCCAUCACAAUCAGUACCCGCAGCAGCACCAGAGACUGCAACAGCAGCAACCGCACCACCACCAACACCAACGCCCAGAUCCGGAGCUGCAGUACCCAGGCCAGUGCUACCCGCAACCGCAGACGCGGCCACAGACGCGGCCACAGCCGCAGGCGCAGGCGCAGCCGCAGCCGCAGCCGCAGCCGCAGCCGCAGGCGCCAGCAGACGAGCUGCUGCUUUCGCUCCAGCGGCGGCGGCCGGCGCAGCCGCGGAUUCAGGUGCCGCCGGGCGGCCCCGAAUUCGAAGGCAACUGGGCAGGGGGUGCAGGGAGCGUGUCGCCCGGCGUGGGGCGCUCGGGCACCUGCGACGCCAACUUGCAGGGGCCGAUGCCAACGCAGCCGCAACGGAACGCCCAGCACGCGCAGCAUGGCGAGCAGCAUGCCGUUAACGUUGCAGGCAGCAGCGCAGCACGAGCCGGCCCUGUUGACGUCAUGCCUUUGAGCGCAGCAGGCUCAGCCGCAGCAGUGCAGGCUCAGCCGCAGCCGCAGGUGCCCAGUUGGCAGCAGCUGCUGUCGCCACAGCAGCAGCCACCUGCGCACCUGCAGCAGCACGCUCAACAGCAGCACGCUCAACAGCAGCAGGCACAGCAGCAACAGCACCAACAUGCGCUGCCGUACGGAAUGCAGCGGCGCUGCCUGACUCCCUACUGCAGCGGCGGCUCUGGCGGCUAUGGAGGUGGCAGCGGUGUUGGUCACCACGGCGGUGCAGGUGGCGACGGCGGUGGUGGCGGCGUGGGUCCGUCGGCGCCCGUUCAUAGCCCGGGCGAUGCGUGCGGAACCCACGGCGCACGUGCAGACGGCGGCGGCGGCGGCGGCGGCGGCGUUGGUGGCGCUCGGCAAGAGCCGGCCGGAGGCAGCAGUGGAGACGGCGUGUGUGGUGCUGCGGGCAGCGAUGCUGCCGGGACCUUUGCGAGCCGCAAGCGAGCUUCGGAGCUUGAUUAUUACCCGCCGCGGCCCCACCCAACCAUGCCGCCACCAUCGCAGCAGCACUGGGCGCAGCCCCAGCAGGCGCCGCCGCCGCAGCAGGCACAAUGUGCUACCUAUGUUGUGGACAGGCCGCAACAAGUGCCGUACAACGCGCCUCCAGCCAGCUGCCAACCGGCAACGAUGGCGAUGGCGCCGCAACCGUUGCAACCGCCGCAGCCGCCGCAGCUGCUGCAGCCGCCGCGCCAGCAGCCAGCAUACCAACGGUUGCUGCCGCAGGCGGCCGUUCACACAGCAAUGGAGUCAAACCUCCAGUCAGCGCAGAUUCCAACGCCCGCCUCCGGCACUGCCACAAGCCCAGCAGCCGAUCUUCCAGACACACCCGGCGCCGCCUGCUCCGUUGCAAGCGCCGCCGGCGCCAGUCCAUCGCAUGCGCCCGCCCGGGCGGCGGCAGCAACUACAACCGCAGGGGUUGCGCUGCUGGACCGGAUGGGUGGCGGUGCGGGACCCGGCGCGGGAGUGGGCGCGGGAAUAGGAGCAGGUGGAGCAGGCGGAGCAGGUGGCGGCGGUGGUGGUGGGGGAGGCGACGGCGGCGGCCAGGGCGUGCAGCACGGCAACCGCGGCCUGCUGCAUAAUCAGGACAGCUGGGGCGGCAGCAGUGGCGAAAUGCCGCUCGCCGUACCGACAGGUGGCCGGAGCGGCAGCUGGCACCCGCUACAGCCUCAGCAAGGCCAGCCGCAGCCACAGCUGCUACAGCCGUCGGCGACGCUGCUGCGGCAGCAGCCGCUGCACUCGCAGCCACUGCAGUAUCAGCAGACGCCGUACCAGCAGCCGUACCCGCAGCCUUACCAGACGCAGCAAGGGCAGCAGUACACGGUACCCGCCACGGCUAGGGGCGGUGGUGGCGGCGCCUGCACCGCGCCAACUCGCCCGGCGCUGAGCGGCAGUCACUCAGUCGUGGGCGGCGGCGGCGGCGGCGGCAGCGGAGCACGAAAGCGGGGCAGCGCUGACGGCGACGGCGGCACUUCAUGCGGCCGCCCAGACGAGAGCCCGCAACCUUACUCCACGCCGCAGCUUCCGCCGGGGCCCCAGCCCAAGCAGCAGCAACAGCAGCCGUGGCUGCGUCAAGCGCCGCCUGAUGCGUGCGCUCCAUACCCCCACCAGCCGCCGUACCCGUCGCACACGGCACCGCCAUACCAGAAGUCUAACGCCCCUGCAGCGCAGCAGCAGCGCCCGCAGGACGGGCCUGAUGCGGCCGCCGCGGCAGGCGGCGGCCCGCACAUGCCGCAGCACCUGCAACGGACGUCCCCACUGCCCGUGCCCGGGGUGCCGGCGGGGGUUCCGGAGGUGGGCAUGCGCGGAGCCCUGGGGCCGCCGCAGCAGUACCCGCAGCAGCAGCAGCACCCGCAGCAGCAGCCGGCGCUUGGGCCCUAUUUGCCGCCGGCUCCGCAACAUCAGCAGUAUUCGCAGCAGCAGCAGCAGCAGCAGCAGCAGCAGCAGCAGCAGCAGCAGCAGCAGCAGCAGCAGGAGUCCGCCGCCCCUGCUGAAUCGGGUGCCGUCUGGGCGCCGGCCCAGCCGCCGUACGAACAACAGCAGCCGCAGCCGCAAGUGCUGCCGCUGCAGCCCCUGCCGCCGCAGCAGCAGCACCACCUGCAGCAACAGGCGAUGCAAGGCCCACAACCGCACAGCUACCAGGCCCAGGCCCAGCCACAGCAGCAGGCGCAGCAGCAGCAGCAGCAGCAGCAGCAGCCUGCUGGUGGCGUGCUGGGCGCCACCGGUGGCAUGGAUGGCGGUGGCGGUGGCGGUGGCGGUGGCGGUGGCGGUGGCGGUGGCGGUGGCGGUGGCGGUGGCGGUGGCGGUGGCGGUGGCGGUGGCGGUGGCAGCACCGACACCGAGCCCGGCAGAGCUCUGCCGCCGGCGCACGCCUACAGCAGUGGAGCGCCUGCGCCUGCUGCUGGCGUGGCUGCUGAGUCCGCGGCUGUGCCGUCUGCUGCUACUGCAGGUGCUGCGGCUGCGGCUAUGGCUGCGGCUGGUGCUGCUGCGGCGGCUACAGCUGGUGCUACAGCUGGCGUCACAGCAGCUGGUGGCGGCCUUGACUUUGGCAGCUACAUCAAUCCUGGCGGGCCCGGUGCCGCCGGCGACCUUCAUCCUGGCGGCGGCGGCGGCGGCGGCGGCGGUGGGCUGCAGAGUCAGCGCCAGAGCAUGUGCACGGCGGCGCUUGAAGGCUUCAUUGACCAGGAGCUACUUGCCCUCUCGCCGGACGUGCUGGACCGGUUCGCUGAGUCAGCAGCCACAGACCUGCUGCCCUUCGUCACCUAGCCCCAAUAGCCCCUACGGCACCUGCGGGCAUAAGCGGCUGCUGGUGUGUGUGUGUGUGUGCACCAGGAGCGAGUGGCGCAGCUAUCCGGCGCCAUGCACCCGGCGUCACGCUUUUGCGGUGGGGCGGAGCGAGUGGCAGUGGCGGUGGCGACACAACAUCCGGUGGCGACACAACAUCCGGCGCCAUGCCGUCUCGGUGCCGCAUAUGUGCUUUCCUGUUUGUUCAUGUUACCGUAUCCUGUCCGCCUGUAGACUGUGCAUCUGCGGUGUGGUGAUGUGUUCCGUUAACACAUUUUGGUAGUUAUGCAAGGGUUCACCACUACCCCACGGCUGCUAGAAUCCCAAAGGCUUCACUAUGAAUGCAUGAGUGGUGACUGUGCUGUGUUCCAGGUUUUCAGUAGUCGAUGGAAUAUGAGCUUAUGCCUAAAGUAGGGGCAAACAAGUGCGGCAUUGCUGUACAUACUAGUUAUUUUUGGUUGGAGCGGCCCAUGGGCCAUGGGAUGUGGCGUGUGUGCGUGCGUGCGUGCGUGUGUGCGUGCGUGCGUGCGUGCGUGCGUGCGUGCGUGCGUGCGUGCGUGCGUGCGUGCGUGUGUGCCUGGCUGCGUGCGUGCGUGCGUGCGUGCGUGCCUGGCUGCAUGCGUGCAUGCGUGUGUGCCUGGCUGCGUGCGUGCGUGCGUGUGUGCCUGGCUGCGUGCGUGCAUGCGUGCGUGCGUGCAUGCGUGUGUGCCUGGCUGCGUGCGUGCGUGCGUGCGUGCGUGCGUGCGUGCGUGCCUGGCUGCAUGCGUGCAUGCGUGUGUGCCUGGCUGCGUGCGUGCGUGCGUGUGUGCCUGACUGCGCGCGUGCGUGUGUGCCUGGCUGCGUGCGUGCAUUCGUGCGUAAACAAUGCGGCAGCUGCUCCCAACAUGCAUGGACCUGGCUAUAAGGGAUGGCGGAUAAAGACUAACCUCUAAAAGGCAUGCGCAAUUACAGAAAUGCUUAUCCUGUGUGGCAUCCUUAGCGUGUGGCGCGAGCGCUGUUUAAUUUGGGUGAGCACGGAUUUGGAGGUGCGUGCCGGCUUGGGCCGCAUGCGCUGUUAGCUAGUGCGGGCCCCGGGGGGCAAGGGGGCUGGAGACCGAGACGGAGAGAUGGAUGCACAUGCACCCGUGAAGGAGCGGGUCCGGAGACCCGCACUUGCCCUGUUGUCACGGCGGCCAGGGCGGCAUGCCAGUUCCUGCAUCAGCAGGCUCCUGUGCCGUGGCCCCUGGUCGCCCGGUCCAAUUGCAUGGCGCGACUACACACGUGUGCGGCGUUGCGGGGUUCCCCGAUACGGAAAGGCUGCUGUGGGUGGAGUGGGCGGGGGCGGCGGGGGCAACGCUGUCGGCUGCGGGUGAGCAGUUGGCAGGCCGCUGUUGGAAAGGCGCGGCCCUUACUUGUUGCGUUCUUACACACUGGCUUGUGUGAUGAGCGAACCGUUGUGGUCACUGCUCCCGCAGAACAUUGGGCUGCAGGUGCGUUCUGUGGGUGCGCCUGGCGCCGCCGGGCCUCCUGGACGACUCCCUACCUCGCCUGUUUGGAGAGCUUACUUGGUCUAUAUAUUUCCCUCUCGUGCACUGCGGCGGCCCAUUGUUGUUUUCCGGGCAAUUUCAUGUCGCAAAGAUGCAUACGCAUUCCCGCAAGCGGCAUCGCACGGCCUUCUGUCCAUGCGCUCUAGUGCUUGGUUGUACUAGAUUGUUGGGGAGCGCCCAGUGAUCCGGAGGACAUGCAUUCUUUGAAGAACAUACUAAGUGUGACUUCGUACCGACACAUUGCGGGGGGCUAUUGCGAGCGGCGAGGCCGCGCUUGGCUGGGGUGGCGGCGGCGCCCACGGUGUGUCACGCAUGGUGAUGAGGACAUUGAACCGGAGAUGAAAGGGCUUCCAUGUCUGUGAUUCAUAUCUGCUCUGCGAUGUUGUGGUGGUGGUGGUGGUGCUGCUGGUGAUGCAGCCUGGAGCUUGCGUACAGCAUGUCAAGCUCCGUGCGUGAUUCACUUGCCCUUACGUGGCCAACUGGCCAUGCUUUUUAGAGCUUCGGCGGUGUCCUGAUUCUUUAUGCAUGGCGGGCCGUGCCUGUACGAACCCACCCCGGCUAUGUCCGGGAGAUGAGGUAGACGCUCGCGGUCUCAGACUGGAGACGUGGCGUGGGUUUGGCCCUUGUCCGUGGGCUUGGCCCACUUUUCCCCAAUCAAGGUGGACGUUACCCCAGGCGGUUCGAUUGACUGGCUGGAGGUCGAAAGCGCUAGCUUAAAGUGACCUACAAGAUGGUUGUGGUGCAGCGGGAACACAGUCCGCCAACGCAGCGUGUAAACAAGCAAUUGC